AUGUCCGACGUUUUGUCCAAGCAAGCUCUGGCAUGCGUACAAAUGACGUCACUCUCCGGCAGCCAUUUCCGCGCUGUCAGAAGCAACCGCUACAACCCCAUAGAUAACCCAGAGGGUGUCGUUGACUUUGGACUGGCAGAGAACAAACUCUGCGAAGAUCUGUUGAUAGAAAAGAUGAGUGCUAUCGCUAAACUGCCCGAGCCGAAAGAGUUGUUGUAUUAUGAGAAAGCCACAGGAAACGUGGGCUUCCGACAGUCAAUGAGCAGAUUUAUUGAGAAAAUGUUCCAUGCAUACGAUUCUAUCAGUGCCGAUAAUGUGUUUAUAACCAACGGAGUCACUGUUAUAAUGGAAGCCGUGGCCUUCGCCUUUGCAGAUCCUGGGGACUACAUUAUGGUGCCCAGUCCCUACUACUACCGAACCAUAUUUGAUAUAUUUGAGCGGCCUGGAGUCCACGUUCUUGACGUCCCCUUGACACGACUGAAAGGCGAUACAACUGGGAGGUACUCACUUGACAGUGAAGUCCUGGAGCAAGUUUAUCAGAAAGCAGUUAGCGAGGGGAAACGAGUCCGAGCUGUGAUGCUGAACAACCCAGUCAACCCAACGGGUGACGUGGUAGGGGCUGAACAGCUGAAAGAGUUACUGGACUUCACACAUAGACACAAGCUACAGUUGUUCUCCAACGAAAUCUACGGGUUCUCGGUCCAUGACCCGGAUGUUAAAUUUACCAGCAUUCUAUCCUUACCCCACCCCGACCCUGCUAGUGUUCACUUUGCAUGGGGAGUCAGCAAGGAUACGGGGCUUUCAGGCUACAGGUGCGGCUUCGUGCACACCAAGAACCCGGCAUUCCUCCAGUACCUCACCAACACGCUCAUCUACUUCAGAGCAGCCGGCAUCAUCAUGCACAGACUGCAGCACUUUCUAGACGACCACGAAUGGAUGGAGCAAAUAUACUUCCGCAACAUGAAGGAACGAAUGCACACACGAUUUGAAGAUCUACGAAAUAUUUUGGAGAAGCACGGAGCAAAGGUUCACCCAAGUCCCGCUACUGUCUUUAUCUGGGCUGAUUUUUCAAAAUUCCUACCGGAGCAGACUCCAGUUGGAGAGAUGUGGCUGUGUGAGCAGUUCCUCAAGGAGAAAGCAUUUGUCGUCCCUGGUUUUGAUUACCAUUCCGAAAAGCCUGGCAUGUUUCGGAUUUGCUAUUCGAUACACGAAGCUGCUUAUGAAUAUGGUAAGAAUGCAAUAAUCAGAGUUCUACAGCGUCUACAAGUAUAA